UGCCCACAUGGGGCAAAUCCUCCAACAGAUCCAGAGAGAGAAGCGAUGCUCAAGGCUAUCAACGACAUUCGAUCAAAAGUAGCUAAGGGUGCAGGUGAAAAUUACAGAGGAUUUUUGCCACAGGGAUCGAACAUUUAUAAGCUGGAAUAUGACUGUGACAUGGAAAAAGAACUCCAAAAAGAAGUUGACACUCUAACUGGGGCAAUUACGCUGGAUAAGAAAUAUGCGCAAAAUUUUGCCAAGUAA